AUGUCUUCUCAAGACGAGUCGUCGCAGUCUCUUCGCCCUCUACAGCAGCUUCCCCUUCAUCGACUCCCACCAGAAGUACGAGAUAUGAUCUGGGCCCUCACCCUCCCGAGUAAUCGCUUAUUCGAGGUUACGAAAAUCGACGAAAAAGACGACGGACCGGAUACACAUUUCUUUCAUUUUAGAUACCCUCCUCCUUCUCCUGUCGCUCUCAGAGUUUGUCGCGAGUCCCGGGGAGCUGCGCUACGAAAAGGAUUUUUCUUCUCAACGACGAAAGGACUCAGUGUCUGGUUCACACCAGAUACUGAUGUGCUAUAUAUCGAUACCUUCCGUGACGUCCUACACUUCCGAAUAACGACAAGUCGCAUCAAAAUCCAAGGGUGGGACCAUGUCCUUCAUUUCGAAAUCGGGUGGAGGGCCUUCCACGAAUAUAAACACCAGCCACCAUCACCAUCACAUGGCUUGCCGGACAUUAUGGAGAUCCUUCACGCACACAUGCCCAAUUUGAAGACGAUCAGCUGCAUCCUAGAAACGCACGAAACGAGCUCAGGAGAGGUGAUAGAAGACACUAUUUCUUUGCCAUUGCCGGGCAGCGAUGAAGAUACAUAUGCUGUACUGAGGGGUCGGAAUUUUUAUCAGACAGCUAUCGAAUUGUGGGAAUCUGAAAUCACAACCAUGAUGUACUUUGAUUAG